GGGGGACCUGGGGGCGGCUACGAUUUACGGAGAAGCUCUUUCCAAAUCCCCGUGUCGCUCCGCGGAGCGUUUUGUAGUGACGUGACGGCUCGGUUGCCGAGGUCCGUCCGAUGUCGGUAGGCCUCAGCCCCGCCGCGCGCUCUCUUUCAGACCUGGCCGAGAUGCUGCGGGCGCUGGGCUAUCCCCGCCUCGUCUCCAUGGAGAACUUCCACGGGCCGAACUUCGCGCUGGUGGCCGAGCUGCUGCUGUGGCUGGUGAGGAGGUAUGAACCUCAGUCUGACAUUCCCCCUGAUGUUGAGACAGAACAGGACCGGGUUUUCUUCAUUAAGGCUGUAGCUCAGUUCAUGGCUACCAAGGCCCACAUAAAGCUCAACACCAAGAAGCUUUACCAGGCAGAUGGCUAUGCAGUGAGAGAGCUGCUGAAGGUCACCUCUGUGCUUUACAGUGCAAUGAAUACGGAGGGAAUGGAGCGCACAGACAUCACUGAAGAAGACAGCAGCAAAUUCAAGUUUGAUCUUGGCUCAAAAAUUGCUGACCUGAAGGCAGCUAGACAGCUUGCUUCUGAAAUCACCUCCAAAGGAGCAAGUCUGUACGACUUACUUGGCAAAGAGGUAGAGCUAAGGGAAGCAAGAACAGAAUCUAUUGCCAGACCUUUGGAGAUAAACGAAGCUGAGAAGAUGAUGAAAGUUGCCAUUGGCUGUGUUCUGGAAGAGGUCCAGAAGACUAAGGACAUGUUGAGUAAUGUGGCUUUGGAUGAAGCCAAUUUGGAAGCCAAGAUUGAAAAAAGGAAAUUGGAGCUGGAAAGAAGCCAGAAGAGGCUGCAGACCCUACAGAGCGUUCGCCCUGCUUUUAUGGAUGAAUAUGAGAAGAUUGAAGAGCAACUGCAGAAGCAAUACACUAGCUACCUAGAAAAAUUCCAUAACCUGACGUACCUGGAGCAGCUCCUGGACGAUCAGCAUCGGACUGAGCAGGAGAUGUUUGAGGUAAAACAGGAAGCAGCAAACAUGCUGCGUCUGAUGCAGAACAGGCUGAAGGAGGAGGAACAACGCCUGCUUAAGAGUGGAAGUAAGUGGGAUUUCUUCCCUAGGCAGAAAAAUUAUGUGCUGAGUACUUGAUGUAUAAAUAUGCCC